GCCGCCAAAAUCGAAAACUUGCAAGAGGAGUGGAUGUUUACAUCGGAUCAAGUACGUACAGAAAAAUAAAGAAAAAGACUCGGGAAACAUGGAGGGAGCACCUGCGAAAGGUGUUUUGAGUCACCUGAGUCUGCUGGAAGUUCAAGCCAGGAGUCGUAAAAGUCAGCUUCAGCAGCAGAGUCGUGUGAUGGAGCUGAAGGCUAAAGUUGAAGCACUGAAGACCCAGAGAGAGCAGCUGAAGGCACAGAUACAGACACACCAGGACCUCCAGAAACUGAGGUUGGCUAUGGACAAACAGUGUGCAGAUGAAGAAGAGGAGAACAUGGAGGAAGAGUCGGAGAACUCAAAACUUUUGCAGCUCAUGGCCAGACACACUCAGCUGAAAGACCUUCUACAUGCUCAUCACCUCAUUGGUGGGUAUGACAUCAUAAAGACUCGCAAAGGUAAAGGAGCGUGCGUAUCUAUCGCAACGGCCUAUGAGGACGUCUUCUUAGACACCUUUAACCUGGAGAUUGAUCUGAAGCCAACUGUAAAGAUUAGUCGCCACAACAUCCCUCCCUUUAUUCCCCUAAACAACCUUGCUGAGCAGAACAACAUGCAGACAGACCUGAGGGUGUUUCUGGACACGCUCAGCCAACAUCUCAACGCCUUUGCUGGUCGCAAGCAGCAGCUGAAGCGUGUUAAGGAGAAACAUAAGUCGGUUGAGGUGAUGGAGAGUAAUGUUUUAUGUUCACUACUGGUGCUGUUAUUCACUGUGCCGAGAGAAAAGACAGCUGUGCUCUGCACACUGGACUACACGGACCACACCAGAUGUCUCCCCACACGAGUCCAUCUUGAAAGUGAAGACAAACAGCUUCCCGAUUCUCCACAGUGGAAGAAAAACUGCACCUUGCUUAUGGAGACUCCUGUGCACAAAGCUUUAAUAAGCAUGAAAAAAAUGGGAAGCAUUGUUUAAUUUAUUCACUAAUAUGUAUUAAAUGAGUUUUGCUGUUGCAUUUUGCUAAAAGAGUAAUGUACUUACUCAUUUUUCAUUUUUGUUUUUAAGGUAUUAAAUGGUAAGAA